GUGGCUACAUUACAACCGUCGAAGAGAUUGACUUAAAAGUCAAACCUCGAAUCUCAUCUCUCCUGUCUUCCCUCGGCGAUAAGGAAACACUAGACCAGACCAGACCGGCAGCAAGGAGCGGGGAAAAUCAGACAAAAGCAUUUCAUCUUGGAAACUUAAGGUUCUUCCGUGAUUGAGAAUGAGCUUAUCAUCGCCAACCAGUGCUUGCACUUCGUCGAGAUGUUACUCCUCGGGUUUGUCGUUGCCGAUAGGGCUUCGAUCGAAUCCCAUCAAUGUCGGAUUGGUUUGUUACCCAAGAAGAAGACACAAUAGUGCUGCUCGGAAGUUCGUCGUUGCCUGCUCCUCCUCUUCCUCUCCCGAUCCAUUGUUGGUUAAGGCUGCGAAAGGGCAAGCCGUGAGCCGGCCUCCAGCUUGGAUGAUGAGGCAAGCAGGGAGGUACAUGGCUGUUUACAAGAAGCUCGCCCAGAAGCACCCUUCCUUCAGAGAGAGAUCAGAGAACACUGAUCUCAUAGUGGAAAUCUCUUUGCAGCCUUGGCAAGCAUUCAGACCAGACGGUGUCAUCAUCUUCUCUGACAUCCUCACGCCUUUACCAGCUUUCGGCGUCCCUUUCGACAUCGAAGAAGUAAAAGGCCCCGUGAUCCAAUCUCCCAUCCGAACCGAAGAAGAUUUGAAGAGGUUGCAUCCCAUUGAUCUCGAGAAACUUCACUUCGUUGGAGAUUCUCUCAAGAUUCUUAGACAAGAGGUCGGAGAACAUGCGGCGGUGUUGGGUUUCGUUGGAGCGCCUUGGACAAUCGCGACUUAUAUUGUUGAAGGAGGAACAACUCGGACGUAUACAACCAUAAAGAGCAUGUGCCACACUGCACCAAACGUGUUGAGAGCUCUCUUGUCUCAUUUAACCAAAGCCAUCACGGAGUACGUUGUUUACCAAGUCGAGCAUGGAGCUCACUGCAUACAAAUAUUCGAUUCGUGGGGUGGACAGCUGACUCCUGAGAUGUGGGAGCGCUGGUCCAAACCUUACAUCGAAGAGAUCAUUCAUGCUGUAAAGAAGAGAUGUCCAGAGACGCCGAUAGUAUUCUACAUCAAUGGAAACGGAGGCCUUCUUGAGCGGAUGAAAGGAACUGGAGCUGAUGUCAUUGGACUUGACUGGACUGUAGAUAUGGCUGAUGGAAGGAGGCGAUUGGGAAGCGACGUUAGUGUUCAGGGAAACGUUGAUCCUGCUUUCCUUUUCUCUCCGCUUCCUGCUUUAACCGAAGAAAUCGAAAGAGUUGUGAAGAGUGCUGGACCAAAAGGGCAUAUACUCAACCUAGGACACGGUGUCUUGGUAGGGACACCAGAGGAAGCCGUGGCUCAUUUCUUUGAAACCGCUAGGAGCUUGGAUUACCAAACUGUUUUCCAAAAUCAUGUUCCUGCAGAAAAAGCUGAGCCUGAAUUGGUUGCCUGAGGAAUGUUGAACAAGACAGGAAUCAGAGAAAAAAAACAUCCAUGCCUAACUCAUAAUCUAUCCCAGAGUUUGGUGGUAACUUGCUAUGAGAGACACUCGAAGCUGUCCUGUCCUGUGGUCUUAACUCUUAACAGUAUCUUGAGUUGCUCAAUGUUGCUGUUUCUUUUUGGAGAUCUGACUCUGGUUGAAGUUUAACCAAACAUCAAAUCUUUUUCCCUGUUUGUUAUCCCUUUUUCUGCAUAUGGUUCUUUCUCGGUCUCUAUAUCUGAUGUAUCUUUUCUUUUGUCCCACUUCGCUGUUAAACCAAGUAAGCUUGUUUUGUAUCAUGAAGUGAAGAAAAAAAAAAAGGCAGAAGGGAAGUCUUGAUCUCACCGUGAAUCGAAUUGGUUUGGUCUGGUUUGGUUAUAUUCAAUUUUAUUUCCCGGUUGGUUUUAGAUGUUAC